GCGCCCCGCCGGGUGAGGACAGCACCAGGAGGCGGCCCCGAGCGCGGCCACAAAGACCCCGGGCGGCGUCUCUCCGCGGACCGGUUCCACUUUAACUCCGUCAUGUCCUUCGGCAGAGACAUGGAGCUGGAACACUUUGACGAGCGGGAUAAGGCUCAGAGAUACAGCAGAGGGUCGCGGGUGAACGGGCUGCCCAGCCCAACGCACAGCGCCCACUGCAGCUUCUACCGAACCCGCACGCUGCAGACCCUCAGCUCAGAGAAGAAGGCCAAGAAAGUUCGUUUCUAUCGAAAUGGAGACAGAUACUUCAAAGGGAUUGUGUAUGCCAUCUCCCCAGACCGCUUCCGAUCUUUUGAGGCCCUGCUGGCUGACUUGACCCGAACUCUGUCGGAUAACGUGAAUUUGCCCCAGGGAGUGAGAACAAUCUACACCAUUGAUGGGCUCAAGAAGAUUUCCAGCCUGGACCAGUUGGUGGAAGGAGAGAGCUAUGUGUGUGGCUCAAUAGAGCCCUUCAAGAAGCUGGAGUACACCAAGAACGUGAACCCCAACUGGUCCGUGAAUGUCAAGACCACCUCGGCUUCCCGGGCGGUGUCCUCACUGGCCACUGCCAAAGGGAGCCCUUCGGAGGUGCGGGAGAAUAAGGAUUUCAUUCGGCCCAAGCUGGUCACCAUCAUCCGAAGUGGGGUGAAGCCACGGAAAGCUGUCAGGAUUCUGCUGAACAAGAAAACCGCCCAUUCCUUUGAGCAGGUUCUCACUGAUAUAACUGAUGCCAUCAAGCUGGACUCGGGAGUGGUGAAACGCCUGUAUACCCUGGAUGGGAAACAGGUGAUGUGCCUUCAGGACUUUUUUGGUGACGAUGACAUUUUUAUUGCAUGUGGACCGGAGAAGUUCCGUUACCAGGAUGAUUUCUUGCUAGAUGAAAGUGAAUGUCGAGUGGUGAAGUCCACUUCUUACACCAAAAUAGCUUCAUCAUCCCGCAGGAGCACCACCAAGAGCCCAGGACCUUCCAGGCGCAGCAAAUCCCCUGCCUCAACCAGCUCAGUUAAUGGAACCCCUGGUAGUCAGCUGUCUACUCCACGCUCGGGCAAGUCGCCAAGCCCAUCACCCACCAGCCCGGGAAGCCUGCGGAAGCAGAGGAGCUCUCAACAUGGAGGCUCCUCUACUUCCCUUGCAUCCACCAAAGUCUGCAGCUCAAUGGACGAGAACGAUGGGCCUGGAGAAGAAGUGUCGGAGGAAGGCUUCCAGAUUCCAGCCACAAUAACAGAACGGUAUAAAGUCGGAAGGACAAUAGGAGAUGGAAAUUUUGCUGUCGUCAAGGAAUGUGUAGAAAGAUCAACCGCUAGGGAGUAUGCUCUGAAAAUUAUCAAGAAAAGCAAAUGUCGAGGCAAAGAGCACAUGAUCCAGAAUGAGGUGUCUAUUUUAAGAAGAGUGAAGCAUCCCAAUAUUGUUCUUCUGAUCGAAGAGAUGGAUGUGCCAACGGAACUGUAUCUUGUCAUGGAAUUAGUCAAGGGCGGAGACCUCUUUGAUGCUAUUACUUCAACCAACAAGUACACGGAGCGGGAUGCCAGUGGGAUGCUCUACAACCUGGCCAGUGCCAUCAAAUACCUGCAUAGCCUGAACAUCGUCCACCGGGACAUCAAACCAGAGAACCUACUGGUGUACGAACACCAAGAUGGCAGCAAAUCGCUGAAGCUGGGUGACUUUGGACUGGCCACCAUUGUAGACGGCCCCCUGUACACGGUCUGUGGCACCCCGACAUACGUGGCUCCAGAGAUCAUCGCGGAAACUGGAUAUGGCCUCAAGGUGGACAUCUGGGCAGCUGGUGUAAUCACUUACAUCCUGCUGUGCGGUUUCCCUCCGUUCCGUGGAAGCGGUGAUGACCAGGAGGUGCUUUUUGAUCAGAUUUUGAUGGGGCAAGUGGACUUUCCCUCUCCAUACUGGGAUAACGUUUCUGAUUCGGCAAAGGAGCUCAUCACCAUGAUGCUGUUGGUCGAUGUCGAUCAGCGAUUUUCUGCUGUGCAAGUCCUUGAGCAUCCCUGGGUUAAUGAUGACGGACUCCCAGAAAAUGAACAUCAGCUGUCAGUAGCUGGAAAGAUAAAGAAGCAUUUCAACACAGGCCCCAAGCCGAAUAGCACGGCCGCUGGAGUUUCUGUCAUAGCAACCACCGCUCUUGAUAAGGAGAGGCAGGUUUUCCGACGAAGACGCAACCAGGAUGUGAGAAGCCGGUACAAGGCCCAGCCAGCGCCACCUGAACUCAACUCGGAAUCGGAAGACUACUCCCCAAGCUCAUCCGAGACUGUUCGCUCCCCAAACUCGCCCUUUUAA